AUGAAGAAUAUUUAUCUGGCUCUUUAUAUGAAACUUCUGAAGAGCAAGAAGUGGCUCAAAAUUCAAAAGCAAGUUUCUUCUGGGGUAAAAGCUUUGGUUGGAUCAAGUGUAGCUUUAGCAAUGCUUAAUACAAACCCUUCUGGACUAUGAACUAUGCUAAACACUAUUCAAUUUAUUUCCUACAUACCUUAUGCAAGCUACCCUAUAUCAGACAAAGUUUCAGCAUUUUUUAAGUCAAUGAACGAUUUCAAUUUUGUUCCAAAUAUGUUUUCAUUUUUUAUUGAUGAAAAUAACAAAUAUCAGCCUUAUUACCAAGCCAAAAAAUAUGGAUAUGAUAGCUAUUUGAUACAUGUAAAUAUUGGAAAUGAUAUAACUGCACUGUGCAGCAUUAUAACUGCGAUCCCUAUCGUUUUAUUUUUUUUCUAA